AUGCCGACACCAAGCAGCGAGACCCAACCAAUGUUGCAGGAUAAAGGCAACAAGGGAAGUAGUUCUCCUCUUCCCAAUGGGAAGCAUACAACGGCAACGAAAGGAACAGCAGCAGCAGCAGCAGCAACACCAGCAGCAGCAGCAGCAGCAGAAGCUCAAAAGAUUCAUAUAACUCUUACGCCUGCACCUAAGCAGGAGGAAAGCCUUCCAUCUAACAACUGCCAGCAUCAAGGGACUACUAGAUUACGCCUUACCCCAAACGGGACAAGCAGCAGCAGCAGCAGCAGCAGCAAACUUUCCAUGCAGCGCGCUAGUGCUGCUGCUGCUGCUGGUACUACUAGUACUUCGGAGAGGAUAAAUGGACAGCAUCCAGUAUCAUGUAGUAAGGAGAUAGAAACAAAAAAGGCUGCGGCAGCAACAGCAGCAACAGCAGCAACAGCAGCAACAGCAGCAACAGCAGCAACAGCAGCAACAGCAGCAACUGUACCGCCCGCGGCGGACAGCGAUCCUCAGCAGCUGCAGCAGCUGCUAGAGGAGUACAGCGCUCGUCGGUCUGCAUUUGAACGUAACAGCAGCCAAAGAAUGAGGGAGGAGGAUGUACAAGAAGAAGCAGAGGGGGGGCACAUAGAUCUUUCCCUUAUAGGCAAUUUCAUGUUCAUCAUUUCCUUCCUGAGCCACAGAAUAAGGUGGGGUUGUUAA